AUGUUUGAAGAAACCAGGUUUGAUAUCUAUACUAGUUGUGAAUUAAUUGAAGUAAGAAGGCCUCAAAGAACUGAAAUUAAGAAAGCUGCAGAAAGUUGUUAUUUAGUUAUAAAUGAAUUGAUUGAAAAA